GUGCAAGCAUAUCGCCGUAUAAACUGAAAGAAUAUUGUUAUGAUAAUUUCAUUGACUAUUACGCCAAUGAACACAAUAUGAGUUACAAUACGUUACGCAUAAACACAAACGAUAUCACCGUUUCUGGUGAAAGUGAACAGCAAUUAAUGGAUCAGUCAUCACAUGCUAUGUCACACGAAACUGACAAUUCAAAUGAGGGUACUGAAACUCCCGGUGCUUCGUCUCAUAGCAUAGCACUUGAAACGGGACCCAAAUUAAUGCCAAACUCGGAUCAAUCAUCAGAUGAUAUAUCACGUGACACUGACUGUUGCAAUGAAGGUCAAACUCCCGGUGCUUCGUCUCAUAGCAUAGCACUUGACCCGUCUAUAGCCACCGAUUCUGAUGAUACAAAACCGCAAUUAAAUGAAUCAUUAAAUACUGUUUCACACGAUGCUGAAACUACCGGUGCUUCGUCUCAUGAGAUAACACCUGAUAUGAGAAGGAUUUUAAAAGAAAAGUUAAGGAAAAUUCAACAACAACAUAUGAACAAGAUAGAAAAGUGA